UCAUGGCUUUCAACCAGUACGACAAUUACCUUGUCUCUCUAGAAUACAAACACGACCACCCGCAAUGUUACCCAUGAAACAAAGACAACAUAGAUAUAUAGCCCAGUUAACAGACACUAUCAUACCUCAAAUCAACGGAAACCUCUCGCUUAACCCUAUUUCCUUCCCUAUCGUCUCCCAGCAUUGCUGAUUUUCUUUUUAAUCUAUAUAUGCAUAUCCACAUCAACAGGAUGGGUUGCCAAUGUACCAGAAAGAAGGUCACUUACAGCUGCCUACACAGCACCACAAAGGUGGAGAAGUGCUGGCGAGACGAAUGGAAGGUAAUGAAUUCAUGCGUAGGUAUCUUCAUGCCGAAAUGCGAUAAACAGCCCAGACAUAUCAGGAAGAAGAAGAGGUUUGGCUUCUGCGCCGAGUGCGCCGAAAACUUCGGUCUACCCAUGCGCCCACAUCGCUACGACAGGAAGUAUGUGGAGAGGUUUCUGCAGUACAAGGAGCAGAUGGGGUGGCGAAAGAUGGCGAAAGACGCCAAGGACAUCCCGUUCAAGGUUGUUCUUGACGAUGUAGAUAUCAAGCGGAUUCAUGGUCCACAACAGAGUCCGAUGCGUGUCAGAGCUCACAAUAGCUCUACCGAAAUUCCAUCCGGACGUCUGAGUAUCUACAGCCUCGACUCUGCCGCAGUUCGUGGUCUCCGCAGCGAUUGUUAUGUGAGCGAGGAUGAGCGUAGCCCCCGUGUCCUACCAUUGGGUAUUGUUCCUCCGGGCUUGAAGAGCGCCUGGUCGACCGCCACAUAUGAUAUAAGCUCAGACUCGGAGGAGGAGGACGAGGUGUUCGAGAUGGUAGAAAUUGGGAUCGUGAGUCCUGCUUCGACUAACCAAUCCCAGAAGAAUGGCCGCAAGCCCAUCAUCAGUUCCCUGUCUGCCCACCACGAGCAAGUGGUCACUCCUGGCGUCCUCUCUCGUGGCCACAAUAUGCUGGGCUUGGACCGAAUUGUAGAAACUCAGGUGACACUUAACAUUGAUGCAUGGAACAACAGCAUCGUAGGACAAGACGUACCGGCAAUCAGCGAGGUGCCCAAAAGACGGAGAGGUAAGAAAUAUUUCGAAAUAGGCGAGGCCUGCCUCACCUCCCCUGCGGGCUACCAAAGGCGCAUCAAAGUACGUAGUCGGAGUUUUGAAAUACCUGUUCCGCCUCCGAAGGUCUUCUCCAAGAUUUUCACCGGAGCCGGGCAGUGCGUCACCCAUGGUAACCUUCCGAGCAUCGACUGCGAUACCUGCAAGCUCGGAAUAUAUAUGGAGGCAGGCGUUCCAACCGAGGAGGACGAGACCCGCCGCUUGUAUCUUUCAGCACCGCCUAUCAUGGUGAGAUGCCAGGUGCCCCGUCCCAACUACGAGUGCGCAGUCCAGGCUGCAUGUUUUUGCGGCAUGGGCCGUGAGACGUGUCUCACGUGUAAAGAGAGGGAGCAGCAAGCAAAAAUUGUUGGGGCUUCUUUUGUGUAAUCGACAAUGCCUCCGAACACUUCUGCAGAGGCGGACUGGCUGGGAGAGGUAAGUAUGUGAUCAAACCAUUUUAGGUAAACAGGAUACUGUGAAAACAUCUAAAAGGUCUGGCACUCUUCUUCUCCUUCUUCUUUUUCUUCUUCUUCUCCUUCGGAUGAUUAUAGAUGUAAGAUACAGUAUUGCUUUCGGUAGCGCCAAUUCUUACGUUUAAAAAUAGUGACUCGGGUAGCUUGUCGUUCAAUUGCGGGUUAAACACAAGGCUAAGUAUACUUGGCUAUAUAAAUGGCUUUAUAAAUUGCUGUCUCUCCUGGGAUGCUAUGUAUCUUACGUUAAUGCAAGCCAGUAGCUCCCGCAACAUUGAAAUC